ACCACCCAGCAGCUUCCUGAGUAUGGCGUUAUGUUCUACCGCGUGGGUCGUGAGAAGAAGCCAGUCAUCGGAGAGCUGAUCCUAGGAGUGUGUGCCAAAGGAGUCAUAGUGUAUGAAGUUAAAGAUAGCUCCCGCUCCACGAGUCAGACAUUCCACUGGCGGGAAACGGCCAGUAUUUCCUCCUCUGUGAGUAUCAUGCCUUUUAUGAUAAUGCAAAACUCUGUUUUUUCAUUGGAGUUGCACUUUAAUGAAGGGGAACUGAGGAAUGUUGAAAGUGAAUAUAUACUGAAUAUACUGAACAAAAAUAUAAACGCAACAUGCAACAAUUUCAAUCGUUUUACUGAGCUACAGUUCACAUAAGGAAAUCAGUACAUUUAAAUAAAUAAAUUAGGCCCUAAUCUAUGGAUUUCACAUUACUGGGAAUAAAGAUAUGCAUCUGUUGAUCACAAAUACCUUUUUUAAAAAAAGGUAGGGUGGAUCAGAAAACACAUCUCCUUUGCAUAGAGUUGAUCAGGCUGUUGAUUGUGGCCUGUGGAAUGUUGUCCCACUCCUCUUCAAUGGCUGUGUGAAGUUGCUGAUAUUAGCGGGAACUGGAAGACGAUGUAAUACAUGUCGAUCCAGAGCAUCCCAAACAUGCUCAAUGGGUGACAUAUCUGGUGAGUAUGCAGGCCAUGGACGAACUGGGACAUUUUCAGCUUCCAGGAAUUGUGUACAGAUCCUUGUGACAUGGGGCUGUGCAUUAUCAUGCUGAAACAUGAGGUGAUGGUGGCGGAUGAAUGGCACACCAAUGGGCCUCACGGUAUCUCUGUGCAUUCAAUUUGCCAUCAAUAAAAUGCAAUUGUGUUCAUUGUCCGUAGCUUAUGCCUGCCCAUAUAUCCAACCAGCCUAUGCGGUUGUGAGGCUGGUUGGACGUACUGCCAAAUUCUCUAAAACGACGUUGGAGGCAGCUUGUGGUAGAGAAAUUAACAUUAAUUUAUUUGGAAACAACUCUGGUGGACAUUCCUGCAGUCAGCAUGCCAAUUGCACGCUCCCUCAAAACUUGAGACAUCUGUGGCAUUGUGUUGUGUGACAAAACUGCACAUUUUAGUGUGGCCUUUUAUUGUCCCCAGCACAAGGUGCACCUGUGUAAUGAUCCUGCUAUUUAGCUUCUUGAUAUACCACACCUGUCAGGUGGAUGGAUUAUAUUGGCAAAGGAUAAAUGCUCACUAACAGGGAUGUAAACACAUUUGUGCACAAAAUUUGAGAGAAAUAAGCUUUUUGUGCGUGUGGAAAAUUUCUGGGAUCUUUUAUUUCAGCUCAUGAAACAUGGGACCAACACUUUGCAUGUUGCGUUUGUAUUUUUGUUCAGUGUAGAUGAAGCACAGUGAUAAUGCAUUCAUCUGUUGUAUAAAUAAACAAAAUAUCUGACAUUGUAUUCCCAUUUUAUAUGGUUGAAAGCGCAGUGAUAGACAUUUGGGUGACAACUAAACCAAAAUUCUGACAUUGUUUUUCCAUUAUAAUUUGGUUGUGCUUAGAUGGUUGAAAGCUUAAUGAUAACAAAUUGGAAAUUCAACUAACUUUUGGCUGUAUUUUUGAGUGGGUGAAUAUAGGUUGUAAUCUCAUUGAUCAAUGUCUCAAUCAAAUAUUACCGAAUUAUCCACGUUGAAAUUACAUGGUGUGCCCAGUGGGGUGUUUCAGAGCCAGUGGCGGUCGGUGCCAUUUAUGAAGAGGGAGUACGCAAUUUUGUAUUUAGGAUCAUGGCCUUUUUUCUAUUACCGCAUAUUGGAUGACUGUCAUUCAUAUUCCAUUCAUCCAGCUAAAUGUAACAUUGAUAGGUUUAGGCUACUACAUGAUACUAGAAUUUUACCUAUACCCAUCAUGAGGUUGCUACAAUGUAGCAUAUGAAUGAAAGUUGACAAUGUAGGUGCACAGGUCGAGAGAAAUUUGAGUAAUCAAGGUGACAGACAGUGACACAUUCAAUACCGCCUUGCACAAUCUUGCCUGCAUUUAGCUGAUCUAGGGUGUAAUCAUUAGUACAACAUUUGCAAACGAGAAUUUAUAUUGGACAAAUUCAGGUAUGUUUAUCCCAGUUUGGUUCCGUUUGCUCCGUUUAACAAAUGCUUUUCAACAGAAUCGGCGGAAAGACUACACCCCUGAUCACACACAGACACAGUUCACUUUCAAAGUAGCCAGAUUGUUAUAUAAUUCCUUGUCACAUCUAAACGCUCUCCUCCUCUCACUUUUUCCCUUUGCUUGUGGACUUCAGUGCACAACACAUCAGCUGUCUGUGACCAGGCGAAAAAACCUUUCCAAGCCGAACCUUCAUAUUAGAAACGCUAAUCGCUACACACAGCUUACAUAGUUGUCACCAUAUUAGCUAACGUCAAGUCAAGAACAUAGGUACUAGAACUAACGCGUUAGUAAACCCGCUACAAUCAUGCAGUACAGGGUACAAUUAGCAAACAGUUGAGCAAUUACACCGGCGGGCCUUGGUGGUAUUUAAAUUCAUAAAACCAAAAGCUGACCUUGACUUGGAAGAGUUCAAGUUCUGGAUAGCCAUAGCAAGCUAGGUAACAUGGCAUCCCUCUCUGUUUGAGCCGGGUGUUUGAGUAGGCUAAAUAACUGCAUUCACCAGCUAAGUAAGUGAAAGUGAUUUUUUAUAUAUAUAUAUAGCUCUCUCGCUCUUUUUCUCUCACUCGCUCUCUCUCUCUCUCGCUUCUCCUUCAUUUUAGAAAAAAAUUAUUUGUUAAAACUGUUCAACUAUUGUCUUUCUCUCUCUUUGAGUCAACUACUCCCCCCAAUUAAUGCACUUCAUUGCUAGCUAGCUGUAGCUUAUGCUUUCAGUACUAGAUUAAUUCUCUGAUCCUUUGAUUGGGUGGACAACAUGUCAGUUAGCUAGCUAGCUAAACAAUGAACAAUCCCAACUCAUGACAUUACUACCCUGCAUGAAUCUGAGAUACGAAUAAUAAGAUCAUACACGUAACGUUAGCUAGCGAGCCAGACAGCUAACAUUAGCUAGCUAGCUAACACUACACUUUAACUUGAAAUGAAACCACUUUCUGUCAAAAUUAGAAACGUGUAAUAUCUGAAAAUGUAGCUAGCUAGACAAUCUUACCCGUAUACAUCAUGCAUGGAUGGACGCGUCUCCCUGUCACGGAUGCCAUGGUUGCCCUUAGUUGGAAGAUGUAAUCCUGGAGACAGGUGUUUUCUCCAUCUCUUUAGCUAUCAUACUUUAAUUCCACUGAUUUCAAAACUCGAUCCUCCAGAAAGUGGAGAGCAACACUUAUGCAGCCCCACUAUACGAUACAUUUUAAAAAAAGCCGGGUUAGACAGGAUUACUUACUCAUACUGACCAGCUCAAAUAGACAGAAGCAUGCUAUAUGGCAGACCAACCUGAACUCCUCUCUCGGCAUGUCCAGCCCACUCAUUAUCUCAGCCAAUCAUGGCUAGUGGGAAGGUCGCUGUCUUUCUCUGUGGCUUAACCAACUAGCCUCGUAAUUAAAACAUUGUAUUCGUAUUUACAAAUGGCAUACAAGUUUGUUAUUAAGGCGCAUUUUGAUAAAAAAAGAAAUUGAAUGGCUCUCCUGUGAAGUAGUGACCUGUGACAUAUGUCUAGUUUCCUGAAACGAGUCACAUUUGUGCACAAAAUUAGAGACAAAUAAGCUUUUUGUGCAUUUGGAAAAUGUCUGUGAUCUUUUAUUUCAGCUCAUGAAACAUGGGACCAAUGUUCCCUCUAAUUAUUUUUGGCACUGAGCACAUUUCAGAUCUGCUGAGCACAAACAUGAACUUUGUGAAAUUUCUGUGCAACUUCCAGAGAACGUUUACUGUGAACGCUGAGGCUGUACCCGCUUUAAAUUAUACUUUUAACAUUGGCCAAGUAAGCUACUGUGGCAUUUGAUCAUAAUGUAGGCCUACCAGAGUGGCCUACCAUCAAAAACAAUGUAGAAAAUGCAUCCCAUAACAUUUUAACAUGAAAAUAGCUGUUCUAUCAGCCUACAGUAGCAGCCAAUGUGUGGUGUUCAAUGUAGGCCUACAUUCCAUGAGACUUUUGAAAAAACAUGCAGGGCUUGACAUUAACCUGUUCAUCCACUUGUCCUUUCAGAUAAGGAGGUGACUGAAAAUGUUUUUGUGCUGUUUGAUGCAACAAACCACUUUACAAAAUUAAAUGUAUUAUUAUUCCCAUACCAUUAUUACAGUGAAUCAGACAAAUGAUGCUACCCUCUGCCUAUUGGCUACUUAGCUUAUUCAAGCCUGUCUCAAAAUACAACACUGCCCCUUUAAGAAAAAAAAGCUCUUUACCUGACUCGCAUUUCAAAGAUGUCUAGAAAUGUACAUGUUUUGUGGUCUUGUAGGAAGCAAUCACUCCCCUAUUGCUGACUACAAAUUAUCUAUAACUGGGCUAAUAACUCACUAACUAGCAAAGGAUAUGGACAAAAUGUGCACAAGUGGCUACAUGCAGCUCUUGCUUUGAUCUCAAAAUAAGCGCUUCUACUCACGACCACAGCUGUAAACACAGUCCAGUUCAAAGUAAAUGGCACAGAUCCAUAUAUGGCAAUGGUCUAUUUGCAUAUAGGCCUACUGCAGCUCUGAUUGGUUCUGCUGCCGGUCUUUGUAGAGUAAGGACUGAGCUGUGCUCAAUAGAAUCCUACUCCAAUGCAUUCUGCAUACAACAAAAUCUCUUGCAUAGUUGGUUUUGUUUCGGUAUGUUGCAUUGAAAGUGGCUAAUACUGCAUUAAUUCGAUAACAAUUGCCACAGUAAAGGGAAACGUUGAUAGUGUUAACAGGCAAAACUCUAGAAAGUUGAGUGAAGUUCAAUGUCAUGUUUCUCUCCCUGGGCUGAUAGUUCUUCCGGGAGGCAGUAUAGGGACUACUGCACGCCAGUACGCAGCUUAGAGGGAACAUGUUGCGUUUACAUUUUUGUUCAGUGUAGUUGAAUAUAAAGAUUUUGUAGCUGUUGUUGUUUUGUUGGCUUGUUAUGUCUGUAAAUGGCUUAACCCCUCCUCUCUGUCCUACCACAGCACCGUAAAUUUGUCAUCGAGAGCAGAGGGAGCAAGAAAAAGCACACCUUAGUCACAGAGAGAUCCAAGACGGCCACGUACCUGUGCAACCUCUGUUCUGCCCAGCACAAGUUUCACAAUGAGAUGAACUCUCGUCAGCUCAGCCACAGUCUGGCUUCAGGUUAGAACCUUUCAUGCCAUCAUAACUGGCCUUGGGCCAAAAGCUUUUCCUGGUUAGGUAACAUAGUCAAGAAAAACUCCUGGCCCCAACCAUAACCACCACUACUACUACAUUCCUGUUAAUACCAUCCCAGAGACAACUUUUUCUGAUUUUAUACAGUUUGUGUCCUGUUCUUGGUGAAUCUUAGCAUUACUUUUUGCCAGACUCUUCAGCCAUACAGGUAGCAAGCUAUACACUGAGUGAACAAACAUUAGGAACACCUGCUCUUUCCAUGACAUAGACUGACCAGGUGAAUCCAGGUAAAAACUAUGAUCCAUUUUUGAUUAACUUGUUAAAUCCACUUAAAUCAGUGUAGAUGAAGGAGAGGAGACAGGUUAAAGAAUGAUUUUUAAGCCUUGAGACAAUUGAGACAUGGAUUAUGUAUGUGUGCUAUUCAGAAAGGGAAUGAGCAAGACAAAAGAUUUAAGUGCCUUUGAACGGGGUAUGUAUGGUAGUAGGUGCCAGGCACAACAGUUUGAGUGCAUCAAGAACUGCAACGCUGCUGGGUUUUUCAUGCGCAACAGUUUCCUGUGUGUAUCAAGAAUGGUCCACUACCCAAACAACAUCCAGCCAACUUGACACAACUGUGGGAAGGGUUGGAGUCAACAUGGGCCAGCAUCCCUGUGGAACGCUUUUGACACCUUAGAGAGUCCGUACCCCAACGAAUUGAGACUACUGUUCUGAGGGCAAAAGAGGGGUGCAACUCAAUAUUAGGAAGGUGUUCCUAAUGUUUUGUACACUCAGUGUAUAUCCCGCUGUUGUACCAUGUGGGCUCAUUGAUAGGGCAAACAGGGAAAUAUUGUGAUUAUAGUACAGUUAUUAGAGUAAUUUGCACAGUUAUUAGAUCUACAUUUACACAUAUCUUGAUUUCACUGUAGCCACUUUUGACCACCCAUGACUUGAACUUAAGAGCCCUUUCUCUUUCCAGAGGAGAGCAUAGUGCAGUAUGCGGCAGUGUGUCGGGCUCAGAACAGCCACAGCCAGAUGAACAGCCAGAUGAACAGCCAGAUGAGCCAGUGCUCUGUCUCUGAGACCAUACGGACAGACAGCGGUCUGAACACACCGCAGGACGACUCCAUGACCAAACUGUGUGAUGACAUUGCCGCCAAAAUCGAGGCGCGAGUCAAACAGCAGCGUGUCCUCCACGAGCAGGGGUAGGAGAGAUGGAGAGCAUAAAAUUAUUAUUUCUUUCUAUAUACUGUGCAUACCUUUUCUUUCAUUUCUUGCAUCUUUUAAGUAUCUUUAUAUGUCUUUCAUCUAAUGUUUGUAAGCCAUUUCUCCCUGUAUCAUUUCCAGCAGAGGGAGACCAUUGUCUGGGAACCUGUCUCCAGCCCUGUCUCGUGGGUCUGGGAAGUGUGGGUCUGAGGCCCCCUCCAUGUCUUCAGCAGCCAGAGGUAUGGAUAGAUUAUCAGCCCCUAAGAAAAUGAAAACCUCUUAACACUGGGUAAUCAGGGACAGGAUCAAGAGCUGACAAUCUGGAAGCGUUCCGAGGCCUUGCACCGUGAGGAAGACAUCCUAGCAACAGCCAUAGUAGUCUAUCAUUAUCAUCCGAAGAGAUGGCAUACAGGUUUCUUUUGAGGUGGUUAAUGUAAUUUGAUAUCAGAUAGCUGUGGUACUUUUGUCAAUAGAUGUUUUUUUGUGUUCAAUAGAUACCCUAACGAAGAGUGUCAUACCAGAGAGAGAAGUAAUUUGUGUGUCCUUAAAGAAAGUCCCGAAGCUCGGCGUAGGUGAGUAUAUCGUUAACAGCAUUGAGUCAUAUAUCCAUUAAAGGACAUGUUUUAGAGUAGAGCUACAUUGAAAAGUUGAAAGGCAAUCCUUUUAUUUGUUCAGGUAUUGUGAUAGUUGGAGAAGACACGGUGGGGAAGUACGACCUGGGUAUCUUCAUAGCAUCCAUCGUGCCGGGAGGACCAGCGGAUAAAGAUGGCCGCAUCAGACCAGGUAGGUGACCAGGCUUUAUUUCCAGGCUUCUCCUCACAAAGCUCACACUGGAUUAUGACGUCUGGUCUGGCUACACAAAACGUGUGAAUAAUAGCCUUGCAUGCCAGGUUUCUAGGCUUUCUAAGCUCUUAUUUGAGCUUUGUCUGUUGACACACUGCUGGUUAAUUAACUAAGACUAGGGCCUUGUCUAGAUACAAACCUCAGUCCCUUUUCUUAUCCCCUGCUUUUAUGAUGUUUACAAAUCUGAAUGAAUUGGAUAGGGGCUAAGGGAAAGGGCUAACUGUUGAUUCUGGACCAGGACUAAGUGGCUACCAACAACAAGAUUAUUUAUAUUUACAUUAAAUAUAAAAGUGAAACCUGAUAUAUGAAAUGUUAUGGUUAUGUUCUCCCUCAGGUGGGCGUCUGAUCUCUCUGAACCACACCAGUCUGGAGGGCGUGACCUUCAGUGAGGCUGCAGAGAUUAUGCAGAACAGCCCAAUGGAGGUCACACUCAUCGUGUCCCAGCCCAAAGGUACUGGAUUUGUUUGUGUGUCUCUGCUCUGUUCAGGAUCAUUUACACCACUGUUUUAGUGCUAAACUGUAUUUUUUAAGUAGAUGUGAAACUUGUUGACUUUUCAGCUAGACACUUUAGUUAGACCUCCAAAUGCUUAAGCUACUGGAAUUUGAAUUGUUUGUCCUCUGUAAAACUUCACUACAGUACAUACCACCAGAGGAGGCUGGUGGGAGGAGCUAUAUGAGGACGGGCUCAUUGUAACGGCUGGAAUGAAGUAAAUGAAACGGUAUCAAACACGUCACAUGUUCCAUUCCAGCCAUUACAAUUAGCCCGUCCUCCUAUAGGUCCUCCCACCAGCCUCCUCUGAUACAUACUGUACAUGGCCAAAGGUUUCCAUGACUUUCGUUAUUAGUUGAUCAUUCAUCUGUUUGUGUUUUUGUGUUUUUUUUACAGUUUCCUUGACACCCAACAAUGUGAGAUCUCCGCUAUUGAAGAACUACGAGUCCCAGACCACUUUGAUGACUGAUGUGCGCUCUACAGAGGACAACCUGGAUGAGAUCGUGUCUGUCAUGUUGACUCCAAAGACUGGCAGUAGACUGCAACUCCCUGACGUACGCAUCCUCAAUGUUCAGGUAACCAAUGGCUACUGACCAUCAUCUUUUCCAUAUUACAGACAAUACUGUGAAUACCGCAUGUGCUUAGAUUCAGGAAAAGUGAAGCCUUUUGUGUGAUUGACAAUCGUUUUGAUUUUGUCUACAAACAAGACAAAGAACAUUAGCAAUCAACUCUACAUAAUGUCCAUUAAAUCUGAUGAAAGAAUAGAACAAUUACAAUACAAUACAGCCAUUCUUGUGAAUUGAAGCAUUCAUUUUAAUUGUAUCAUUAACUCUUAUCCCCUAUAAAUUUUCCAGGAUGGCUGCUCCAGGGCUCCUUCCAUGAACUGCUUCAGGGGUGAUGAGAUCUCUGUGGAGCUGAAGAAGAAAGCUGGAGGUUUAGGGAUCAGUAUCGCUGUGAGUUAACUCACCAAACCUGCUGUUUCACACAUAACUCCCUUGGACAGUGCCAGAGAUUACUGUUAUACACAUGAUAUAACCUCAGACUGAGGCUAGAGAGGCCAUUUCCCAUGCAAUACCCCAAGAGAGGGUCAGACAAGCCCCCAUUUCCUCCCCAACAUCUGAUCUGAGAUCAGUGGUCUCACACCAGAGUUAUCAGCAAAGGGUGUAUUUCCUGGUAGGCGGGAGAGGGAAGGACCUACUGUAUUUAAGUCUAUGGGGUGUACAGAUGAGUUGACCACACCUCUCUGGACAGGAAGUCAGCUGUCCUCUAUGUCUCUGGGUAAUCCCUCAGACCCCUGGGGUUAAUCACCUUGGAGAGGGAGGGCCUGCAGCUUGGAGCCUGCCUGCUUACCGGACAUUACAGUAGCCUACAGUAAAGCCCAGCUGUGUGUGAGUGUGUGAGUGAAAGAGAGACCCAACCCCUGUCUGUUACCUAACAGCCUGUGACAGGUCAACUUCAACAGGCUACGUGAGUUACUCACCACUCACAAGGCAGGUGCAAGCUAUUCUAGAUGUUGUUGGGAUAGGGUAUCGUAGGUAUCUGUUUAACAGUAAAGUACACUAACCCUUAUUUCAAUGGGAAUACUAUGAGCCCUGAUAAAUGGUCCAUUAAUGGGCACACACAACAUUCACAUACUAAUACAACAUAAACACGCAGAAAGAGAGAGAGAGAGAGAGAGAGCGAGAGAGAGAGAGAGAGAGAGAGAGAGAGAGAGAGAGAGAGAGAGAGAGAGAGAGAGAGAGAGAGAGAGAGAGAGAGAGAGAGAGAGAGAAAGAGAGAGAGAGAGAGACAGACACAAUGAGAAAAGAUAGGUACUUAGGAGGUCGUUCCUUCUCUUGCUAGAACAAAAGAUGUACUUACUACCUACCGACCUGGUACCGACGAACCUGCAGUUUCUACUUGUAGAACCGCCCUGCUUGUCAGUGGCAGACACUUGACUUUGAGCCAAUCAGAGAGCCCGAAACUCCACGUGGGGGAGCCGACAGGAGUGACAAGAAAACUGAAAAAAGAGGGCACUUUUCCCAGUGUAAUCCACCCCCUUUUCAUCAGAAUUGUUCAAACUAAAAGAGUAAAGCUGCAUAAUGCAUUGUGAUGUAAUCAUAAUGUUGCUAGGUACGCUAGUUAUCUAGUUGUGGCCAUCUGGUUACUGGGCUUACUACAAAUUGUAGCUAGUUAGCAACAACAUUAGCGCAGCUUGAUAGUUAGCUAACAUUACCUAUCUACCGCAGGCACAAGCCAAACAUAGCUUAAGAAAUCUACUGCCAUCUUGUGGUCUGGAGUAUUUAAUGAGGCUGAUUGACGGUUGAUCUGUGCUAUGUGAACAACAAAUAGUCAGUAUCCUUGGUGUGUCUUCUCAUUCUCAUUAUGCCUGGCCAUGAUUCUGAUGAUGUGAAGGGGGAUCAGGGAUGAGAGCACACGCCUGGUGUGUCUGUUGGCAGACAUUCUAUUUCUUUACCUCCUUCGUGUGAGAAACAGAGAGAGUGUAAGAUCUUAUAACCUGAUAAACAUACAUUAUUCCUUUUAAUCAUCCCUCUAAUUUAGAAGCCUGAGUGGGGGGAUCUUAUUAUAUUGAUAUGAAAAAAUAUGAGGAGUUAACCCUUUAUAGUACAUUAUCAUUAAUGUCAAUUACAUUUUACAUUACAUUUCAGUCAUGUAGCAGACGCUCUUAUCCAGAGCGACUUACAGUUAGGGCAUUUAUCUUAAGAUAGCUAGGUGGGACAACCACACAUCUCAGUCAUAGUAAGUACAUUUUUCCUCAAUAAAGUAGUUAUCACUAAAGUCAGUACCAGUAGGAAAAUAAAAUUAAACAAUUACAUUGCUGCUUCAGCUAUUAGUCAGACAUGCAAAUGUUAUUGAUGGUGUAUAUUGAUAAACUUACAUUUCCAUCGAGACUGUUAUGUUGUUGGAUAAUAACCUUGUGUUUCUGGUUUGUCAGGGUGGUGUGAACACAGGCCUGCGUCAUGGCGGUGUCUUCAUCAAAAGCCUAGUCUGUGGUGGGGCUGCUGAGCAAGAUGGCCGCAUCCAGUCAGGUACAGUAUGAUGCUGAACAAGCUCUAUUAUUUUACAGUGAAGCACCUGGAACAAUAAUGACACUAAAAGAGCAUUACACUGGAUUAUUGCAGCACAAAUUUAAUUUACACUGAACAAAAAUAUAAACGCAACAUGUAAAGUGUUGGUCCCAUGUUUCAUGAGCUGAAAUAAAAGAUCCCAGACAUUUUCCAUAUGCACAAAAAGCUUAUUUCGCUCAAAUUCUGUGCACAAAUUUGUUUACAUCCCUGAUAGUGAGCAUUUCUCCUUUGCCAAGAUAAUCCAUCCACCUGACAGGAAUGGCAUAUCAAGAAGAUGAUUUAACAGCAUGAUCAUUACACAGGUGCACCUUGUGCUGGGGACAAUAAAAGGCCACUCAUGUCUCAAGUAUUGAGAGAGCGUGCCAUAGGCAUGCUGACUGCAGGAAUGUCCGCCAGAGCUGCUGCCAGAUAAUUUCUCUACCAACGUCGUUUUAGACAAUUUGGCAGUACGUCCAACUGGCCUCACAACCGCAGACCACGUGUAUGGCGUCGUGUGGGCGAGCGGUUUGCUGAUGUCAACGUUGUGAACACAGUGCCCCACGGUGGCAGUGGGGUUAUGGUAUGGGCAGUCAUAAGCUACGGACAAUGAACACAAUUGCAUUUUAUCUAUGACAAUUUGAAUGCACAGAAAUACCGUGACGAGAUCCUGAGGCCCAUUGUGAGGCCCAUUUUUUUGUAAGGUAACUUUGACCAACAGAUGCAUACAGUGGGGAAAAAAGUAUUUAGUCAGCCACCAAUUGUGCAAGUUCUCCCACAAAAAGAUGAGAGAGGCCUGUAAUUUUCAUCAUAGGUACACGUCAACUAUGACAGACAAAUUGAGAAGAAAAAAAUCCAGAAAAUCACAUUGUAGGAUUUUUAAUUUAUUUAUUUGCAAAUUAUGGUGGAAAAUAAGUAUUUGGUCAACAACAAAAGUUUCUCAAUACUUUGUUAUAUACCCUUUGUUGGCAAUGACACAGGUCAAACGUUUUCUGUAAGUCUUCACAAGGUUUUCACACACUGUUGUUGGUAUUUUGGCCCAUUCCUCCAUGCAGAUAUCCUCUAGAGCAGUGAUGUUUUGGGGCUGUCGCUGGGCAACACAGACUUUCAACUCCCUCCAAAGAUUUUCUAUGGGGUUGAGAUCUGGCGACUGGCUAGGCCACUCCAGGACCUUGAAAUGCUUCUUAUGAAGCCACUCCUUCGUUGCCCGGGCGGUGUGUUUGGGAUCAUUGUCAUGCUGAAAGACCCAGCCACGUUUCAUCUUCAAUGCCCUUGCUGAUGGAAGGAGGUUUUCACUUAAAAUCUCACGAUACAUGGCCCCAUUCAUUCUUUCCUUUACACGGAUCAGUUGUCCUGGUCCCUUUGCAGAAAAACAGCCCCAAAGCAUGAUGUUUCCACCCCCAUGCUUCACAGUAGGUAUGGUGUUCUUUGGAUGCAACUCAGCAUUCUUUGUCCUCCAAACACGACGAGUUGAGUUUUUACUAAAAAGUUCUAUUUUGGUUUCAUCUGACCAUAUGACAUUCUCCCAAUCCUCUUCUGGAUCAUCCAAAUGCACUCUAGCAAACUUCAGAUGGGCCUGGACAUGUACUGGCUUAAGCAGGGGGACACGUCUGGCACUGCAGGAUUUGAGUCCCUGGCGGCGUAGUGUGUUACUGAUGGUAGGCUUUGUUACUUUGGUCCCAGCUCUAUGCAGGUCAUUCACUAGGUCCCCCCGUGUGGUUCUGGGAUUUUUGCUCACCGUACUUGUGAUCAUUUUGACCCCACGGGGUGAGAUCUUGCGUGGAGCCCCAGAUCGAGGGAGAUUAUCAGUGGUCUUGUAUGUCUUCCAUUUCCUAAUAAUUGCUCCCACAGUUGAUUUCUUCAAACCAAGCUGCUUACCUAUUGCAGAUUCAGUCUUCCCAGCCUGGUGCAGGUCUACAAUUUUGUUUCUGGUGUCCUUUGACAGCUCUUUGGUCUUGGCCAUAGUGGAGUUUGGAGUGUGACUGUUUGAGGUUGUGGACAGGUGUCUUUUAUACUGAUAACAAGUUCAAACAGGUGCCAUUAAUACAGGUAACGAGUGGAGGACAGAUGAGCCUCUUAAAGAAGAAGUUACAGAUCUGUGAGAGCCAGAAAUCUUGCUUGUUUGUAGGUGACCAAAUACUUAUUUUCCACCAUAAUUUGCAAAUAAAUUCAUUAAAAAUCCUACAAUGUGAUUUUCUGGAGAAAAAAAAUCUCAAUUUGUCUGUCAUAGUUGACGUGUACCUAUGAUGAAAAUUACAGGCCUCUCUCAUCUUUUUAAGUGGGAGAACUUGCACAAUUGGUGGCUGACUAAAUACUUUUUUCCACACUGUAUCUGUAUUCCUAGUCAUGUGAAAUCCUUAGAUUAGGGCCUAAUUAAUUUAUUUCAAUUGAGUCGAUGUGCCCUUGAGCAAGGCACUUAACCCUAAUUGCUCCUGUAAGUCGCUCUGGAUAAGAGCGUCUGCUAAAUGACUAAAAUGUAAAAUGGAAUAAUGUAACUCAGUAAAAUAUUUGAAAUUGUUGCAUGUUGCGUAUAUAUAUUUGUUCAGUAUAGAUUAGAGUGAGAUUAUGAAUCGGCAGUGUGUGUAUGCGUGCAUUUGUUUGUGCACAUCUAACAGGUGACAGACUGCUGGAAGUGGAUGGCAUCAGGUUUCAAGGGUUCACACAUCAGCAGGCUGUGGAAUGUCUGGCGAAAACAGGAGAGGUAAAGGAACAUCAAUAUUUCAGCUGCAACACCAGGGCAGGGCAACACCAUCAUAGCUUUGCUGAUUAUGUGCCAUUUGUCUUAUGCAAUGUGUAUGUAUAUUGUGACGAAACUUUGACUGUCUUAACAAUGGAACUCUAGUAGGCUCUUUGGUAUCACAUGCACAUACUGUACAGUGUCUUGCAAAAGUAUUCAUCUCCCUUGGCGUUUUUCCUAUUUUGUUGCAUUACAACCUGUAAUUUAAAUUGAUUUUUAUUUGGAUUUCAUGUAAUGGACAUACAUAAAAUAGUCAAAAUUGGUGAAGUGAAAUGAAAAAAAUAACUUGUUUCAAAAAUGUAUAAAAGAUAAAUAACGGAAAAGUGGUGCAUGCAUAUGUAUUCACCCCCUUUGCUAUGAAGUCCCAAAAUAAGAUAUGGUGCAACCAAUUACCUUCAGUAGUCACAUAAUUAGUUAAAUAAAGUCCACCUGUGUGCAAUCUAAGUGUCACAUGAUCUGUCACAUGAUCUCAGUAUAUAUACACCUGUUCUGAAAGGCCCCAGUGUCUGCAACACCAGUAAGCAAGGGGCACCACCAAGCAAGCGGUACCAUGAAGACCAAGAAGCUCUCCAAACAGGUCAGGGACAAAGUUGUGAAGAAGUACAGAUCAGGGUUGGGUUAUAAAAAAAUAUCAGAAACUUUGAGCAUCCCACGGAGCACCAUUAAAUCCAUUAUUAAAACAUUGAAAGAAUACGGCACCACAUAAAAACCCACCAAAACUCACAGACCAGGCAAGGAGGGCAUUAAUCAGAGAGGCAACAAAGAGACCAAAGAUAACCCUGAAGGAGCUGCAAAGCUCCACAGCAGAGAUUGGAGUAUCUGUCCAUAGGACCACUUUAAGCCGUACAUUCCACAGAGCUGGGCUUUACAGAAGAGUGGCCAGAAAAAAGCCAUUGUUUAAAGAAAAAAAUAAGCAAACAGGUUUGGUGUUCGCCAAAAGGCAUGUGGGAUGCUCCCCAAACAUAUGGAAGAAGGUACUCUGGUCAGAUUAGACUAAAAUUGAGCUUUUUAGCCAUCAAGGAAAAUGCUAUGUCUGUCGCAAACCCAACACCUCUCAUCACCCCGAGAACACCAUCCCCACAGUGAAGCAUGGUGGUGGCAGCAUCAUGCUGUGGGGAUAUUUUUCUUCGGCAGGGACUGGGAAACUGGUCAGAAUUGAAGGAAUGAUGGAUGGCUCUAAAUACAGGGAAAUUCUUGAGGGAAACCUGUUUCAGUCUUCCAGAGAUUUGAGACUGGGACGAAGGUUCACCUUCCAACAGGACAAUGACCCUAAGCAUACUGCUAAAGCAACACUCGAGUAGUUAAAGGGGAAACAUUUAAAUGUAUUGGAAUGGCCUAGUCAAAGCCCAGACCUCAAUCCAAUUGAGAAUCUGUGGUAUGACUUGAUUGUUGAAAGAUUGCUGUACACCAGCGGAACCCAUCCAACUUGAACGAGCUGGAGCAGGUUUGCCUUGAAGAAUGGGCAAAAAUCCCAGUGGCUAGAUGUGCCAAGCUUAUAGAGACAUACCCCAAGAGACUUGCAGCUGUAAUUGCUGCAAAAGGUGGCUCUACAAAGUAUUGACUUUGGGGUGGUGAAUAGUUAUGCACGCUCAAGUUUUCUGUUUUUUUUUGUUUUAUUUCUUGUUUGUUUCACACAUAAAAAUAUUUUGCAUCUUCAAAGUGGUAGGCAUGUUGUGUAAAUCAAACGAUACAACCCCCCAAAAAAUCAAUUUUAACUCCAGGUUGUAAGGCAACAAAAUAGGAAAAAUGCCAAGGGGGGUGAAUACUUCCACAAGCCACUGUAUGUUUGUCUAAUUAAGACUGCAGAACUGGCAGCAUACAAGCUUACAACAUAACACAUGAACUGGCAUGACACUUUCUCCCACGGGUGUCCAAACAAAGCUAACCCAAGGCCACACCUCCAACAAGCCACACCUCAAGAUCCUCUAAUAUGCUGCCGCCGCUACAUUGCCCCAACCUUAGGGGUCAGGCUUCCCAGACAACGCCGAAAUCCAACACAAAGUCCUGAAACCUGGACGGGGCUCUUCGUCGGCGGUGUCUUGGUUGCCAUUGGUGGGUGCCAUCCUAACCUCGAGAUGGAAGCCUUCUGCGACGGCACCCUGAUGGCCGCGGGUGAGUCCCAUUCUGAACCUUGCCCCUCGAAUGAGGAAACCGCUGCGUUUUCCGAUGGUCCAGGGCUGGGAAGAGGAGUAACCACCUCCUUGUCCUCUCUUUCCUGAUCUUAAUGAAGGACCACAACUGGUCCACGAGUCCGAAGCUGGAUGCGGUACACCACGUCAGAAAUUAGUUCCAGAACCAUGCAUGGGCCUUCCCAGUGGCACAUGAGUUUUGGGCUCAGACCACGCUUGUGCCGAGGGCUGUACACCCACACUUCUUGGCCAGGCUGGAAUGGCUGACCUCAACAAUGGGUGUCGUAUGCCCUCUUCUGUUUGACCCCUGCUUCAGUCAAGUCAUUGCAUGCAAAGUUGUGGGCUGUGUCCGGGCACUGCUGAAGGUGGUGGAGGUACUCCAAGUCCACUGGAGUGUGCAGUUCUCUGCCAAACAUCAGUGCUGUUCGGGUGCAGCCAGUGGACUCCUGCACUGCUGACUGAUAAGCCCACAAGACCAAUGGCAGAUGUCGGUCCCAGUCCUUCUGGUGGUUGGAGGUGAGAGUGACCAGCUGUAUCGCCAAAGUCUGAUUAAACAGUUCGACGAGCCCGUCGCUUUGGGGAUGCAGGGGGGUGGUCCUUGUCUUGCAUACCCCCAGCUUCUCAUAUAAUUUGUUGAAUACCUUAGCUUCAAAAUGUCUCCCCUGAUCGCUUUGGAGUUCUUCCGGUACUCCAAACUGGCAGAACAUCUCCUCCACCAGCUUGGUGGCAGUGGUUGUGGUGCCCUGGUCGAGGACCGCGUUGGCCUUGGGGAAAGGACCCAGGAUGUCCACACCAACCCGCUUCAUGGGGGCCCCCACCUGUUAUUGCUGCAACAGGGCAUGGGAGCGUCCAGUUGGUCCUUUGUGGACAGUACAGGUGUCACAGGCAUGCACAUACUGUUCCGUGUCUUGACGGCAGCCAGCUCAGUAGAGUUUCCUCCAGAGGCGGUGGAAGGUAUUUUUAUGCCCGAAGUGGCCUCCCCCACCUACCCAUGGACAGCUCUGACACGCAUGGAACGAGGCACAGCCACUGCCACACCACAGAGUUACGUGUUGGUUCCCUCCAUCUUCGAAACAGCAACCCAUAUGAAUGGCAAGGUUGUCCCACUGUGAAUAGUAGGCCUUGGCUUCAAGGCACAGGGGUGAGACUCUGUUCCAGGCAGGCCGCUGGUCGGUCUCCAACCAGCCCCGAACAGUUGCCAACACCGGGUCACCUUCCUGCUCCCUCUUCAGGUCUUGGUCAUUCCAGGUCUCCAAGGGUGCUGAGCUCCUGUCUGCUGCCUGAAUUUCCACCACUGUGGGCAGGAAACCAUCUUUAUGUGUGGGCAGUGCUUGCAGUCUUCCUCUUCACACGGCCAGCGAGACAACGCAUCAGCGUUUGUGUGGAGACGACCAGCCCGGUGCUACAUCUGGUAGUCUCACUUCUGUAACUCUUCUAUCCAAGGAGCCACCUGGACCUGUGGUUCUCAGAAGUUGAAGAGCCAGGUGAGUGAGGCAUGGUCAGUACGAAGGAGGAACUGGGUCCCGUAGAGGUCGAGUCAGAAAUGGUGGUGUGCGUUGUCCACAGCCAACAACUCUCGCCGGGUGACACAGUAGUUAACCUCGACACGGUUGAGGCUCCGACUGUAUAAGGCCACCACUUAUUACCUAUCAAGCCCCUCCUACAAAAGAACAGCCUCAAUGCCCACAUCUGUGUCCACGAUGAAUGGGUGCUGGGGGUUGGGGUUUGCCAGGACUGGAGCCUUGGUAAGGGCCUCUCGCAGUUCAGCGAAUGCAGCCGCACAGUCCUCAUUCCAGUCGAACCACUGGUCCUUGUUUGUAUGGCGGUGCAAAGGGAUGGCUGCUGUUGCAAAGUCCUUGAUGAACCUCUGGUAGUAAGAAGCUAGGUCAACUAAGCUUCUCAACUCAGAGAGGUCCUUGGAGGUCGACCAGUGCUGAACCCACACCACCUUGGCUGGGUCAGUUACGACUCUGUCUGCCCCGAUGACUUGGCAUAGGAACUUGACCUCCCGCUGAAAUAGGUGACACUUCUUGGGGUGGAGCUCAAGUCCUGCCUGCCGGAUGGCAAGUGGAACCUCACACAAAUUCGCCAGAGAUCCCUGGAAGUCCGCUGCAUGCACAAGGAGGUCAUCCAGGUAGAUCACACACUUGUUGCGGGGGAUUGUGGCCAGCACUUGCUCCAUAAGACACGGAGCAUUGCAGAGCCCGAAGGGCAUCACAGUGAACUGCCACAGUCCUUGUCCAAUCGAGAAAGCGGUCUUUGACCUGGCUUCAAGGGCAAGCUACACUUGCAAAUAACCGCUGCGGAGAUCAAGGGAACUGAACCACCGUCACCCUGUGAUGUAGUCCAGUGCAUCUAUGUGUGGGAGGGGAUAGGAAUCCUUCCUGGUCACAUAGUUCAGCUGCCUGUAGUUUGCACAGAAGCGCCAUGAGCCAUCCUUCUUGACAAGGACUACAGGGGCCACCCAAGGGCUGUUGGAUGGCUCAAUGAACCCUGUCUCUGCCAUCUCUUGGAUAUUUCAUUUCAUUUCAUUUCAUUUAAGUCAUUUAGCAGACGCUCUUAUCCAGAGCGACUUACAGUUAGUGAGUGCAUACAAUAUUAUUUUAUUUUUUUCAUACUGGCCCCCGUGGGAAUCGAACCCACAACCCUGGCGUUGCAAACGCCAUGCUCUACCAACUGAGCUACAUCCCUGCCGGCCAUUCCCUCCCCUACCCUGGACGACGCUGGGCCAAUUGUGCGCCGCCCCAUGGGUCUCCCGGUCGCGGCCGGCUACGACAGAGCCUGGAUUCGAACCAGGAUCUCUAGUGGAACACUGCGCCACUCGGCGCCCAUAUUCUGCUCCACUACCUCUCUCUUCUCCAGUGGCAAGUAAAUGGAUAGGUGCUGCGUCACCAAUGUUGAUAGAGUGCUGGACCAGACUGGUUCUCCGGCAGUCUACAUCUCAUGCUGCAAAGACAUCCACAAACUUUGCAAGCAGUGCUUCCAACUUGUCCUGCUGCUCAGGCUCCAGCUCUUCUGAACACCUUUUCCCUAGUUCCCGCACAGCUUGCCGGAUAGCUUCCGAAGGUACAUCCACUGUGCCACUGCUCACCUGCUGGGGCACACUCACCUCUUCGGGGGGCUUCAGCUGCUCCUUCUCAUCUAGAGGAAGGAUCUUUGUGGGACUGUCUGCCGAGUCAUGUGCGACUGACGUUGUCUUCUUCUACUGCUCCUAAAUUCCAUCACAGAGUCUUUAAUCUGGAGUAUCCGUGAUCCAACAUCUAAGCAUGCCCCUGCUUGACUGAGGAAAUCCAACCCUAGGAUGUAGUCAUCUUGGAUAUCGGCCAACCAUAACUUGUGCUCCAACGAGACAUUGCCGACUCUCACCGAUAAGGUCCACCGGCCCUUCAUGUCCACAAGCUCCCUUGUCACAGUGUGAAGACAUACUGAGGUAGGGAUCCAACCCGGAGGGGAGGGGGCCACUGUGUCUGGAAGAACAACAUACGGAACAAGGGAUAUAAUGGAAACAGUGUCAAUCAACACCUAGCAGGCCUCACCGCUGAUGCUGCAUGGAAGGUAGAGGCUCUGCGUCUGGCCCAAACAACCAACUUGAUGUUCCGGCUCAACAAGGGGGUCAGGGGACUGGGAUGAUGCUCCCCUCACUUCAUCACCCCCCUGGCGUUUUAUGUCGACUCAAGGGCGGGCAAGGGCUGAGGUGGGGCUUCACAGUGGUGAGCAAUGUGGCCUUUCUGCCCACAGUGGAAACAGAUCAUCUCAGACUGGCUUUGACCUCUCGAAGUGGACCGUAGUAGAGUCCACUGCCGGUGCUCCACUUUGGCUUUGCAGACUACCUCAUCUGAGUCACUCUUGGUCUCCACCUCCGUUUCUACCCACAUUGUCCUUGGGAUAACCCAACUCUCUGGGCCCAAGAUGUUUUCCACUCUUUCUGCUUCUUUUUUUAUUUUUUUAAAUUUUAUUUCACCUUUAUUUAACCAGGUAAACCAGUUGAGAACAAGUUCUCAUUUACAACUGCGACCUGGCCAAGAUAAAGCAAAGCAGUGCGAUAAAAAACAACAACACAGAGUUACAUAUGGGGUAAAACAAAACAAAGUCAAAAAUACAACAGAAAUACAUAUAUAUACAGUGUGUGCAAAUGUAGCAAGUUAUGGAGGUAAGGCAAUAAAUAGACUCCAGGGUCUUAGACAGUGUGGCAGGGGCAGCCAGGCGCCCAUGCUGUUGGAGCCUUCCAGAGGAAGGCAUGUAGGGCCAGUUCCUCCUGAUCAGCCGUGGCAAACGGGGGGUACCCUUGUCUGGCGUAAUAAUGCAUAUCUGUAGCCAGGGCGCCAAGACUCUCAUCUCAAUUUCUCUUGCGACCUGCUAGCUUCUCUUGCAUGCUCUCGAUGGAGUCUCUACUGCCAAACCUCUGCCUCAAGGUGUUAGUUAGGGCAGAGCUGAGGUCUAGGAGGGCCUGUAGGUCCAGGGCAAGUAGGACCAGGCCAAGCUGCACAGUUAUUUCCUCUUCAGCCCAACCAUUAUGCCACACAGCUAGCUGAAACUAGGCUAGGUAGGGUUCCCAGAACUCCUCUGCCCUGUAGUGGGCCACCUUCAAUGUUCGGGUGGGCAUUCCUUGGACCACUGCCAUCUGGUCCAUGUCCGUCUCCAUGCCGCUGUGCAGGACAACGAGACACCGCACCUUCCUCCAGGUGGCGCUGUGGGGCGUGGUGAAGCAGGAAACCUCCACUGGCUUGGAGCAGGCUGUCCUGGUAUGAGCCCUCCGUGGGCGACUUGCCUGUUCCUCCCAGGAGCCGCUCAUCCUCCUUAUGUAGAAAAAAUCCUAAAUGCUUUUUUUUUUACAGAUUACAAAAAAUCAGACUCCAAAAUUGUAUAUCAUACACUGUGAUAGGAAGAAGCAUGGGAAAGUUAUUCUACUUUAAACGUUGAUAAACUUGUUAUCCCACUUAGGAGAUAAGUAGGAGAGAAUGCCCUUGAAAGAUUUUGUUGAGUGCUAGAGAGGUCUAAUUUGUUUACACCCAUUCAGCAUCGUUCACACCCUCUUAAGCAAUAGAUCACCCAUCUCUUUAAGAAUUCACAUUUAAAUGCAUGACAAACAGUCUGCAUGUUCAAACCCACCAUUAUCUCAGCCAAUCAUGGCUAGCCAGGAAGGAUCCUGUCUUUAUCCCUAUAUAGCUCAGUGCUUUCUCCUUGGCUAAACUAGGCUCAUAAUUUAACAUUUGUAUUCAUAUUUACGGAUCCCAUACAAGUUUGUAAUUAAGGCACAUGAAAGUUCAUCAGCCCCUGUUGGGCUGGCGUGUCACAUUGUUUGUCUUCAUUUAACCCUUUCCUGUCCUAGGUGGUGACCAUGGUCUUGGAGAGGGAGAACAUGACCCUGCCCAGGGUGUCUCUGAGCCCAGACACAGGGCGCAGUCUCAUGGGGCGCAGCCUGUCCCCUCAGAGUGCCCACCUGGACAUCACCCAGAUGAGGAACAACAGCUGCCCCACCAUCAUCACCCCCUUCUUCGUCAGGCCCAAGGACUACAGCUUUGUGUCUGACAGUAAGGGAAAUAUCAUUGACAAGGGAACUUUAGUAUAAGGGGAACACUGGUGCUUCGAGGGAUUGACCUCCGAAGCAAGGUUAUCAUUGUCCAUGGGUGAUGUUGCAUGAUUUCUAAUCCCUCCUUUAGAGCAGGGUUUCCCAAACUCAGUCCUGGAUCCACCAUCCAAGCCUCCAAGAUGAACUCUGACACACUUCAAUCCCCUAACCCCUCCACCCUACAGAUAACACUCUGGAGGUGACCUUGAAGAAGAGCCUGAAUGGCUUGGGCUUCAGCUUCCUGGUCCCUGAGCUCAACCCCUCAAAAGGAGACUCAGGCAGUAGUCUUGUCCGGAUCAAGAAGCUUUUCCCUGGCCAGCCAGCGGAGGAGAGUGGGCAGAUCCAGGAGGGAGACGUCAUCCUGGCAGUCAAUGGAGAACCGCUGAAGGGAUUGUCCUACCAGGUAAAUAUUAACGUAGACUGGUGUGACGUAAUACGACUGUACAACUGUAGCUACAACUGUGAGUUAGAAUACUGUAUAUGGGGGUGGGUGGGUUUGUGUUAAUCUGAGCAUAGGAAGACAGAGAUAUUGUGACAAUUUAGUGUGAGAGAAAGGGGUUUAGUUUCACCCAAUGUGAUUGGUUUGUUCAAUAGCACUGUAUCACCAUUAUCUGUGAUCAUUGUCUUUCAUUAUGACCAUUUAUCCCCUGAUGAAUAAAUACCAAUUAUGUUACAUCAAGCCAAUUGGGAGACACUAACUUAAAAUCCAAUUUUAUUUGCCACAUGCGCCAAAUACAACAGAUGUAGACUUGGUUAUUAACUAACAUUCAAUUGUAUUGUGGUGAAUCCAAGAGUACUUAGAUUCAGUGUACCUCAUUAACACAUGGUUGGGAUUCAUAAGUAAAGAUCUAAGAACAUGCACGCAGUGUACAGAUCCCUUCUCAGUGGUCAGCUCCUUAGUCCAUCUCUGGUCUUUCUUACCCAUAAUUACGUAAUUGCCUGGCUGUGGAUGACAUUGAGUGACUGUUCUCUCUAUGGCCUGUAGAGGGUGGUCAUGCUGCUGAGAGGCUCUCCUCCUGAAGUCCGGUUGUCUUUGUGCCGUCCUGCUCCAGGUAAAUACACAUCUGGACAGGGCAGACAACAUAAUCCAAUUAAAAUGUUUACACAACAGUUUUUCCUUUCACAAAGUAAUGUCAGAAUAGCUUUAAUUGAUAACAUUACUAUGUGAUGGUACAAUUUUUACAUUUAUAAGAACAUUUUCAUCUUUCACACUUAAAGAUCCAAUGCAGUCGUUUUUAUCUCAAUAUCAUAUCAUUUCUGGGUAACAAUUUAGUACCUUACUGUGACUGUUUUUAAUAAAAUGGUCAAAAAGAAACAAAAACAGAUUUUUAACAAAAAGCUGCUUCUCAAGCAGGAAUCCUUUGUUAUUGAUCUAACUCCAAUUCCCCACCCAUGCAAAACAAGGUGAAAUUUCAGGCGGUCUUUGCAAACAGCUCUUACCUUAAAUGGGCAUUGUCAUCAUUUUCACAAUUUCACAGUAUUAGUCCAACCUCAUAGUGUGGAAAUAUACAGGUAACUGCCAAAAUAAAGGAAACACCAACAUAAAGUUUCUUAAUAGGGCGUUGGGCCACCACGAGCCAACACAGCAUCAAUGCACCUUGGCAUAGAAUCUAAAAGUGCCAUGGUAGCCAAAAUAAUGGCCAAAAUAAUGCCCUGCCCAGCAUUUUUAAAUACUGAACAAAAACAUAAACGAAACAUGCAACAAUUUCAAAGAUUUUACUGAGUUACAGUUCAUAGAAGAAAAUCAGUCAAUAUAAAUAAAUAAAUUAGGCCCUAAUCUAUGGAUUUCACAUGACUGGGCAGGGGCACAGCCAUGGGUGGGCCUUGGAGGGCCAUAGGCCCACCCACUUGGGAGCCAGGUCCACCCACUGGGGAUUCAGACCCAGCCAAUCAGAAUACGUUUUUUCCCACAAAAGGGCUUUAUUAAAGACAGAAAUACUCCGCAGCACCCUCGCCCUCCCCCUCCUCAGACGAUCCUGCAGGUGGAAAAGCCGGAUGUGGAUUCCUGGGCUGGCGUGGUUACACGUGGUCUGCGGUUGUGAGGUCGGUUGGAUGUACUGCCAAAUUCUCGUAAAAACGACGUUGGAGGCGGCUUAUGGUAGAGAAAUUAACAUUCAAUUCUCUGGCAACAGCUCUGUUGGACAUUCCUGUAGUCAGCAUGCCAAUUGAAUGCUCCCUCAAAACUUGAGACAUCUGUGGCAUUGUGUGACAAAACGGCACAUUUUAGAGUUACCUUUUAUUGUCCCCAGCACAAGGUGCACCUGUGUAAUGAUCAUGCUGUUUAAUAAGCUUAUUGAUAUGCCACACCUGUCAGUUGGAUGGAUGAUCUUGGCAAAAGAGAAAUACUAACUAACAGGGAUGUAAACACAUUUGAACGCACAAUUUGAGAGAAAUAAGUUUUUUGUGUGUAUGGAACAUUUCUGGGAUCUUUUAUUUCAGCUCAUGAAAAAUGGGACUAACACUUGACCUAUUGUGUUUAUAUUUCUGUUCAGUAUACAUGACCCUAAGCAUGAUGGGAUGUUAAUUGCUUAAUUACCUCAGGAACCACACCUGUGUGGAAGCACCUGCUUUCAAUAUACUUUGUAUCCCUAAUUUACUUGUGUUUCCAUUAUGUUGGCAGUUACCUGUACACAGUACCUUCAGAAAGUAUUCAGACCCCUUGACUUUUUCCACAUCUUGUUACGUUACAGCCUUAUUCUAAAAUUGAUUAAAUAAAUAAAAAUCCUCAACAAUCUACCCACAAUACUCCGUAAUGACAAAGCGAAAAAAGGUUUUUAGAAAUACCUUAUUUACAUAAGUAUUAAGACCCUUUGCUAUGAGACUCGAAAUUCAGCUCAGGUGCAUCCUGUUUCCAUUGAUUAUCCUUGAGAUGUUUCUACAACUUCAUUGGAGUCCACCUGUGGUAAUUCAAUUGAUUGGACAUGAUUUGGAAGCCAUGAGGUCGAAGGAAUUGUCCGUAGAGCUCCGAGACAAGAUUGUGUCGAGGCACAGAUCUUGGGAAGGGUACCAAAAAAUAUCUGCAGCAUUGAAGAUCCCCAAGAACACAGUGGCCUCCAUCAUUCUUAAAUGGAAGUAGUUUGGAACCACCCAGACUCUUCCUAGAGCUGACCAAUCGGGGGAGAAAGGCCUUGGUCAGGGAGGUGACAAAGAACCCGAUGGUCACUCUGACAGAGCUGUAGAGUUCCUCUGUGGAGAUGGGAGAACCUUCCAGAAGGACAACUAUCUCUGCAGCACUCCACCAAUCAGGCCUUUAUGGUAGAGUGGCCAGACGGAAGCCACUCCCCAGUAAAAGGCACAUGACAGCCUGCUUGGAGUUUGCCAUAAGGCACCUAAAGACUCUCAGACCAUGACAAACAAGAUUCUCUGGUCUGAUGAAACUAAAAUGGAACUCUUUGGCCUGAAUGCCAAGCGUCACCUCUGGAGGAAACCUGGCACAAUCCCUACGGUGAGCAUGGUGGUGGCAGCAUCAUGCUGUGGGGAUAUUUUUCACCGGCAGGGACUGGGAGGCUAGUCAGGAUCGAGGCAAAGCUGAACGGAGCAAAGUACAGAGAGAUCCUUGAUGAAAACCUGCUCCAGAGCUCUCAGGACUUCAGACUGGGGUGAAGGUUCACCUUCCAACAGGACAACGACCCUAAGUACACAGCCAAGACAACGCAGGAGUGGCUUCGGGACAAGUCUCUGAAUGUCCUUGAGUGGCCCAGCCGGAGCCCGGACUUAAACCCGAUCGAACAUCUCUGGAGAGACCUGAAAAUAGCUGUGCAGCAACGCUCCCCAUCCAACCUGACAGAGCUUGAGAGGAUCUGCAGAGAAGAAUGGGAGAAACUCCCCAAAUCCAGGUGUGCCAAGCUUGUAGUGUCUUACCCAAGAAGACUCGAUGAUGUAAUCGCUGCCAAAGGUGCUUCAACAAAGUACUGAGUAAAGGGUCUGAAUAAUUAUGUAUAUUUCAAAUGUCAAGAAAUUCUAAAAACCUGUUUUUGCUUUGUCAUUAUUGGGUAUUGGGUGUAUUAAUGAGGGGAAAAAAACAUUUAAUCAAAUUUAGAAUAAGGCUGUAACGUAAGAAAAUGUGGAAAAAGUCAAGGGGUCUGAAUACUUUCCGAAGGCACUGUAUACUGUAAAACACAGGAAAAUCACGUUUUUGACUGCAUUGCCUCUUUAAAGAAGUUGCCUUUUUAUUCAUAGGCUAUAAUAUCAAACUCCAUGUAUUUGUGUUUUUUCUUCCUUUUCCUUCCAUUUUUAUCUCUUCCAAGGAAUUCUGCCUCCCAUUGAAACAAUUCUUAGCACCUGAGUGAUGUAACACCACAGUACGUGAGCACCAAUGGGAGUUCCGGAAUAUACUUCCUGAGAGACAGACAGGAGAUCUUCGAGGAGCAGGACAAGUGGAGAUCUGUCCAGAAGAAAGAGCAGGACGGGGGAGACGCCUGACCCUCCCUACACUGCAGCAGAGCCUUGGCCUGACGGACUACAGUACCCACCUAGAUGGUGGGUUGAUG